GUAUAAAUACGGCAAUAGUUGAGAAGGACGUGCACAUACGCUCCUAACACUGCGCUGCAGAUGUUGCUGUUGUUGGGAGUCCUGGUGUUGGCGAGUGUGACCCCGGGGGUCAGCGGGGCCUGUGUUGUGGAGGGCGUGGUCCGUGACGACUGGGAGGAGUGGGAAUCCGGGUGCGAUGUCUGCUUUUGUCAGGACGGGGAGACAAUAUGUGACAACAUCUGCGACGACGUCAUGUUCGUUGACAACCCUUGUUAUAAACCUAAAGGGGCCCUGUGCGAGGAGUAUGGCUGCUACAACAUUUGGGAUGAACCCUACCCAUUCGCGCCGGAUGAAGAACUUCCGAUUGUGCCUCUAGGGGACGUCACUGUCCCCUCGGACCAAUCCUGUACCUGUGAGAGGGGGUACCCGUACGUUCUGUGCACGGCGAGCUAAGUCGCCUGUGAAUUCAACACUGUGGAACAAUAUAUGGCACUCCUCAAUCUUAUGGGUUAACUCGGUCUGUUGAACUGGCACGUGACUGUCACGUGGCAAACCACAACUCUGAUCUAGAAGUAGUCGUGACCCGGAUGUAAAUAUAUGGUAUUAUCUUCAUUUGUUUUCUCAAGAUCAAAGUCUAACUUGUGUAAAGCCAGGAGUCUCUAUGAGUUUAUAUAAAGGUGAGGUGAAAUUGGGUUCAACGUCGCGAUCAAGUUUAUUGCACUUAUGUAGCGUUGACUGAUGUCGACUUUAUAAUCCCAGCCCACACAGGGAAUUGCCACUGUCAGUCACGCGAAUUGACUAAACCUGUUUGGAUCAGUUUACUAUUGUUGGGUGAGCAUUGAAAAUUGUCACUUGACAACGAUUAACCAAUUCAAAGAUUCUUAAUAGAGGUAUAACAAAGUGAAAGUAUAUAUCAACGCUCCGAGGCUGCCUGAGGCAUUAUGAGGGUCGCGGAACAAGCCGAGUGGACCCGAAUACGUGGAACAAGAGAUGUGUGUGUGUUCCUUUCUUCUUAUGUUCCAUUAGCAUGUUAAAUGUUAAAUGUUCUAGCAGUAUUAUGAAAGGUGACGUUGGAUUCGCCAUUGUAUGUGGUGAUUAAAAUAUAUACAUAAUCAUCA